UUCCAUCACCCGUGACCGGUUUUCUAACGUGGGCCUGCAGCAAGAUAUUCCCAGUAAUCUUCCGGUUUAAUUCAGUUCGAAAAGGUUUGGCUAUCAGCGCACCUUGCAGAGAGAGAGAGAGAGAGAUAUGGCUUCCUCAGUGAACGCCCCUCACUUCCAUGCAUCAGUUAGCGCCGUCAGUUCCAACAAGAACCUCGUCUCCUGCCUCCAGAGCUCCUCGUUUCGGUUCCGACCCUUGUGUAAAGCCUCUCGUCUUCUCUCAAAUAUUGCUUCCAAGUUGAAUGCACGGAAAUUGGUAGUACAAAAUACCUCAAACAAGAUCUUCAGCAGCCUAGUGGAACUUGAAGGCGAAAAUGAUGAGGCGUGUGAGUUGGUCAACGGAAUUGAACUUUCCAUAGGGGAGGGUGAUGAUCUCAUUAGUGCUUACCUUUUCAAGGCAGUGAAAAACAACAACGGCACUGGGAUACUGCUUUUGUCCGAUAUAUAUGGACUUGAAGAUUCUUCCACAAGGGAGUUUGCAUAUCGAGUUGCCUGUAAUGGUUACAAUGUACUGGUUCCAGACUUAUUUCGUGGAGAUCCGUGGACAAAAGACAGGCCCAAGGACCUCUUUGAGCAAUGGUAUGCUAGACAACAACCAGACAGGGUCGCAAAGGACAUCGGAACGGCGAAAGAUUGGCUGGUUGAUGAACUUCUUUCCGCAGGGAUCUCCAAGAAGCUUGGUCUUAUCGGAUUCUGUUUUGGCGGCGGCCGAGUAAUAGACAUUCUGGCCAAAGACCAGUCCAACAAUUUUGGUGCUGGAGUCUCCUUCUAUGGUACAAGGAUCGACAAAUCUGUAGCUUGCAAUAUAAACGUGCCGGUCUUGCUUAUUUCAGGGGAUGAGGAUCCACUUUGUCCAGUGACUUUGUUGAGGGAUAUCGAGAAAAGCAUAGGUAGAGGAUCAAGGGUAGUGAUUUUUGAAGGAAGAGGUCAUGGAUUCGCGCACAGGCCCAAUUCUCCAGACGAAGAUGAAGAUGCAGAACAGGCAUUCCUGGCCAUGAGGAGCUGGUUGCAUGAUGAGUUAGUCGGGGGUAACUCAUCUUAGGAGUGUGUAUAGAUUUCUUUGUGUUUGCUCGUUACGGUGGUAGCCGGUAGCCGAUAUGAGGUUGAUAUGAUGAUAUGCAGUGACAGGCCCAAGGGGCUAGCGAGGGCCAUCAAUCUCCUUGGCCCCUUGGUGCUCAAUGUAACUUUCAGUAUGGAUCAAUCUAUGAAAUUCCUCAUGUAGAUUUACUCUCCUUAUGUAAA